GUAAGAACCCCUCCUUAUAUAAGAACCCUAGUUAUAUAAGAACCAAUCUCAACCGUAGGAUUAAGUAAUUUUGGACGGUUAAGAUUAAAACAAGUAUCCUUCCUCAAACACCUAACCCACCGUCCAAAAUUUUCUCUCUCCUCAAACUUUCAAAACCUGUUGUCUUUCUCUCUCCUCAAAUCCCAAAUUCGAACACAAAUUCGUGCAAUUUUUUGUUCAAAUUUUACACAAACAACCUAAAUUGCUCAAAUUGGGGUUCAAAAUUCGGCGAUUUAAGAGUUCAAACUACAGCGAUUUUAAGGCUGGAAAUAUUAGCAAUAAGUAAGCUAGCUAGCUUUGCUGCUUUCGAGCCGGGGUUUGAUUUUCUAGAUGCAAGCUCUGAUGGAAUGACUGGCCGAAGGACACAAGGCAGAGUUUUGAAAUAGGCUAUGGGUUCACGACUUUGUGUCUCCCCAUAGUUAGGAGGAUCUAGCAAUAUGGUAAUAGUAAGGGAUUAUCAUAUAAUAAUUUUAGUAAAAUGCAAGGCCAAAAUGAAGAAAUUAAUAUACAAGAAGAAGAAAUUACUUAUGUAAGAAAAAGGAAAGUUGAAAACGUUGAAGCGGAAGUAAUUGAUAGAUCGGAAUUUGAGAAGCAUAUUGAAAGUAAAAGUGUUGCUAUAAGACAUAGAAAACUUCCAACAAGGCUUCAACCACCUCGAAAAUUGCAAAAAAAGGAAGGAAGAGAAAAAGAUCAAGAAGAAGGAAAAGAUCAAAAAGAAGAAGAGGGUAAUAAUGUUGAGGAUGAUGACGAGAAUAAUGAUAGUGAAGAUGAUGGUGAGGAUGAUAAUAAGGGUGAUGUAAAGAUGAAAGAGAAAGAUGAAAAAGAGGAGAUGGAAGAUGAUAGUGAGGAGGAACAAAAAAUCAAUAAAAAAAAUCAAACUCAGAAGAAGAAAAGAAAGAUUGAAAAAGAAGAAGAUGGUGAGGAUGUCCAAGUAGUAGAAGCUAAUGAGCAAGAUAAACUAGUUAAGAGGCAACCUUAUCAAAGAGUACCUCCUACUCAAUUCAUGAAGGAUGUGUUGAUAAAUCUUUCGGAAAAACAAAAGCAAGCUAUUCGGAACAUUGGUUUUGGAGGCUUUUUGGAAUUGGAUUUACCAAUCCAUAUUAAUUCUACGUUGACAGAAAACUUGGUUAUGAAUUUUGACACGGAGAGAUGUUGUUUGAUGUUACCAAAGAGAAAACAAGAAAUAUUUUUGGAGGCAAUUGAUGUUCAUUUGGCUUAUGGGUUGCCAUUGGGAGGCAAAAGGAUUGAGCAACCAAAUGAUGAGUCAAAUCUGAAAUGGAGCAAGUUUCUAAAAGCUUGGAGAAGCAAGUUUGGCCUCAAAAAAGGAAGUCCAACCAACAAGAGAUUGAUUGACAGAAUUCAAGAAUUGAAGAAGGAAAAAUCAGUUUCUGAUGAAUUUCUUUGGAACUUUGUGGUAUGUGUUGUCAAUUGUUGCAUUCGAUCAACAAACAACCCACAACUAUACAUUAAAUUCUUGUAUAGUUGUAUGGAUGUAAAGAAAAUUGCUGAAUUGGAUUGGUGCACAUUUGUGAUUGAGCACUUGAAAGAUUCUGUAAGUGUAUGGAAGAAGGGAAAUUCUUACUUUACAGGUCCUUUACCUUUUCUACUCUGCCUACUGCCCCUCCUAUCUUCUUCAAGGUUAAUUUAUAUAUAUUUUGUAGUUGAAGGCAUUUGGUGAAUUUUAUGAAGAAAUUGAUAACAAGAGUGUCGUUUUGUCCACUUUCGAAACAAGAAACAUUGAGAUGAAAUGGAAGAGCAAUGCAAACAAACAUGAUUGUGGAGUAUUUUUGUUGAAGCACAUGGAAACCUAUGAAGGACAAUGUCAAAAACAAUGAAAUUCGGGGCUAGAGAAGGGUAAUGUACGUGUCAAGACAUAUGAUUGAUUAGGUUCUAAUUACAUCUCCAUAUUCUGAUUAUGUUCUAAAGUAAUUCUGAUUAUGUUCUAAGUUAAAUGUCUAUGUUCUAAAGUAAAUCUGAUUAUGUUCUAAAGUAAUUAUGACUAUGUUCUAAGUUUAAUGUCUAUGUUCUAAAGUUAAUCUGAUUAUGUUCUAAAUUACUUGAUUAUGUUCUAAAGUAAUUCUGAUUAUGUUAUGAGUUAGAUGUCUAUGGUCUAAAGUUAAUCUGAUUAUGUUCUAAAGUAAUUAUGAUUAUGUUCUAAGUUUAAUGUCUAUGUUCUAAAGUUAAUCUGAUUAUGUUCUAAAUUACUUGAUUAUGUUCUAAAGCAAUUCUGAUUAUGUUAUAAGUUAGAUGUCUAUGUUCUAAUAUUAAUCUGAUUAUGUUCUAAAGUAAUUAUGAUUAUGUUCUAAGUUUAAUGUCUAUGUU